AUAAGGCCACAACCCACUCCAUCGCCAGUUCUGUGGUCAUCAUUGAUUCCAUCGCGUUCGCCGUCACGAUCACCGUCAUUGUCUGUGUCGCAGACGCCGUCGCAGUCGAUGCCUCAGUUUUUGUCUCUGUCGAUGUCUCAGUCACCUUUUUCACAGUCACCUCAGUCACAGUCUCAGUUUCCUUCGUUGCGGUCACCUCUUCACUUGCUUUCGUCCGCGCUCUCGCCAUCGCAGUCAUUAUUGCCAUCGACAUCAUCAUCGGCGUUGCAGUCAACAAGGAUUCAAAAGCUGGCGGCGGAAUAUGUUUCUAAACUUAGCAGAAUGAAUAUCACCAACGCCAGUUCCUUACAGGAAGCCAUAGCGGUUUUGGAAAUAUUCAUCACAGGUAUUAAAAAAAUCACAAAAGCUCGUAACCGCGCCCCUAUAACAGAUGAGAUUGAGACAAGAAGAGGAUCCACUUUUAAAGUGGCUAUCGCCUUUGAAGAAUUUGCUCUUAAAUACAGCAAGCUCCACCUGACUGGAACAAGGUCCUCACAAGUGAUCGACAGCCAGACAAUGGUGCUGGGUAUUCAUAAAGCCUACCACCAAAAUGCAAGUGACUUCUACUUUGAGGAUGAAGAAUCGCAAGGAAACAUAAAUGUUUCGUCUGCAAAUUUUGCGAAAUCCGUUUCACUGGUUGUUGGGAUUGUGUAUAAGGAUCUCCACGAACUACUGGACACAAAUCAAACCAUCAGAAAUGAAGCAGGCGAAGCCACAAGGUAUUUGAACUCCAGGAUAAUGGCCGUGGCUAUGGAUCCAAAACCAAACAAACUGGAAGCGAAUGUCAUGUUAAAGUUCAGAAACCUGAAGGUUGAUGAAAGAGAAAAGACAUGUGUAUUUUGGAGGGGCUUUAGCAAAAGCUCAGAAGAAUUUUCAGGGAGAGGAUGCCAUGUGGUUGCAUCGCAAAGCAACACAGAAGAAAAAGUUUGCAGCUGCAAUCAUUUGACUCAUUUUGCUGUCUUACUUGACUACAACGGCAGCUCAGGGCUCACUGAGGAAGACGAAACUGUUCUGGAGUUUAUCACCUACGUGGGAUUAAGCCUGUCAAUCAUAGGAAUAAUUUUGACAGUUAUUCUAUAUUCCUUCCUUACAGAUGUUCACCAGCCUCUGUCACAAAUACGAUUGAGUCUUUCUGUUGCCCUCGGAGCUGGACAAUUUAUUUUUCUCGUCGGGAUAAACGCCACAAAAAACAAGGCCUCUUGUAUUACAGCUGCAGCUUUCAUGCAAUAUUUCCUGAUGGCUUCGUUCUGUUGGAUGCUGGUGGAGGGAUUUUACCUCUACCUCUUUGUGGUGAAAGUUUACAAUAUCACCGAAAAGAUGCACAUGUAUCACGUCAUGUCAUGGGGUUUACCCAUCGUCAUGGUCGGUAUUUCAUUGUGCAUCGCUGCUGGGAAAGAUGGAAUAGAAAGCUUCACUAGUGAUAAAUAUUGCUGGCUAUCCUACACAAACAACCUCAUCUGGAUAUUCGCCGCAUUUAUGGCUUUUGUUGAAGUGCUCAACAUUUUGAUUCUCGUCCGAGUCAUAAAAGAGAUGACCACGCUAGUGCAGCCUAUGGGGGAAGACACUCAUAUCAAGCAGAUACGACUUGGCUUUAAAACAUGCGCGGUGAUGAUUCCACUGAUGGGUAUAACGUGGCUAUUCGGUCUUUUGUCGUCAUUACACAAAGCUUUCGCCUACAUUUUCACCAUCUUUAACUCAACUCAGGGAUUCCUGAUUUUUUUCUUCCAUUGUGUGCGAAACAGCCAGAUUAAAGAGCGAUUGAAAAGGAGGAUGAACGCAAUUUUUCCAUCUUCCGAAGUUGGAAACUCUGCAAGGAAGAGCUCACGAGUUAACGCAAGUGAUGCCGGGAAAAUACGGGCAGUCGAAAUGCAGUCUUUCGAUACAUAA